AUGGAUGAAACUGGGUUGUAUUAUAGGCUACAAGCUGAUCAUUCACUGGAAAUAAAACAACUUGACGGAAGAAAACAAGAUAAAGAAAGGCUGGCGGUAGUUAUUUGUUGCAAUGAAGAUGGCUAUGAAAAAAUCCCUCUAUGGAUUAUUGGGAAAUAUGCAAAGCCUCGUUGCUUCAAGAAUGUCAACAUGAAUAGCUUGGAUUGUCAAUAUCGAGCUAACAAAAAAGCAUGGAUGAUUAGUGAAGGUUAUGAGGUGGGACAAUCUGAUCCAGGUAAGAUAAAUGUCUUUGAUGCUAUCAAUUUGGCAAUCCCAUCUUGGACGAUAGAUGUUCGAAAAGAAACAAUAGUGAAUUGUUUCCGACACUGUAAAAUUCGAUCAGCUAGUGACGUUGCAAGAAAUUUGGAUGAAUUCACUUUUGCUGAAGAAACUCAAGACCUCGAGACUAUGAUCAAUCAAUGUGGCUAUCGUAAUAAGAUGGAUAUCGACAAUCUAAUGAACUACCCAGGUGAAAAUGAAGCAUGUUCGGAGGUUCAGGGUUUAGAAGAUAUUGUGGGUACUAUCAUUGAGAACAAUGCAGAGGAUGACGACGAAGAUGAUACGGUAUCUUUGGAGCCUGUUACGCGAAAAGAAGCACUUAUGGCGUCGAACACUCUUCACAAAUUUAUGAUACAAUAUAAAAAUACAACACCUGAGCUAUUAGAUGCAAUAAGAAAAGUUAGAGAUGAGCUUCAAAUAGACUUGAAUUUUAAAGAAAAACAGACAACUAUUGAAUCAUAUUUCAAUAGAGUGUAA